AUGUUGGCGGCGUCAGCAGCACCGCGCAUCGAUCCGAAGAAGCGAGCAGUGCUCGACCACCGGAAACAACAAUUCGCAAAGGCACAAUGGGUUGAGCAAGACUACAAGCAUCGCAUGAAUUUCUACACGGUCCCACCCACAGGAGACGUCACGCUCGAGCAGUUCGAAGAAUGGGGCAUCGCGCGUCUGAAAGUGCUUGCCGAACUUGAGGCAUGCCAGUUCAGGAACAAGUCGCCAGCGGAGACCGAGGAGUACAUGCGGCCAGUCAUGGAGAAGCACUUGCGUCUGAGCAGCAACCGGAGUAGAAGCUCAGAGCUGGCGAUGGAGAGGAAGAAAGACCACUACUCACACUGGACUCUUCGACUGGCUUUCAGCGGGACGGCUGACCUACGGCAGCGGUUUGCACGACUUGAGACGCAGCUGUUCAAGCUUCGGAUGCAGCAGGAUGAUGGUGUGGAGAAGAAAGCGUUCAUUGACUCGCUCCCGAUGAGCUGGGAGACUGUGGGUGACGAAGAGAAGAGUCGGUGGCUGGAUGAGCUGAAGGCGGCCACCAGUGUGUCGAAGACAGAUGAAGAAAGCUGGUUCAAGGUCGACUGGGAGAAGGUGCCAGAGCUGGUUGAAAGGCGGCAGGUCUUGAUGAAGAGAGGAACAGCCUACGUUCACGUUCGGGAGCAAGUGAACAUGGUGGUAAGCGAAUUCUCGCGUACUCUUGAAUCUGGUCUGGAGCUAGCGGCACGCUUCCUACCACGGAUGGAUGAAGACAAUCGCUUGUCGCCCAUACUACACCAUCUGUCGCAGUCGUUCGUUGCUCCCGACGCAGGCUACAGUGAAGCUUCAAGCAUCAGCGACAUGGCAAGUAUCAACGCGGGCAGUAUUGAUGCACUGAGCGAGAACUUCCCACUGUGUAUGCGCAACUUACACCGGGAGUUGAGGAAGAAUAGCCAUCUGAAGCAUUUCGGCCGGCUACAGUACACACUGUUCUUGAAGGGCAUUGGACUGAGUCUCCAAGAGUGCAUCGUCUUUUGGAGAAAGAGCUUCAAGCUCAUCGCUGACGGUAACAAGCUAUGGGAUCUCUGCUUUACGAUCCAUGCACUGACAUUGUGUACAGACAAGUUCAAGUCCGAAUACCUGUACAACAUCCGACACAGCUACGGGGAUGUGGGCGGUGACGCGAACCGCCGCGGAAAAGGCUAUACGCCAUACUCCUGCCAAAAGCUUCUCACCGAGGCGCUACCGUCAAGCGGCCAAAAUCAUGGAUGCCCGUACCGAACAUACACUCCCGACAAUCUGAGCACCCUCCUCCAGAGUGUGGGUGUCAGCGACCAGAAGCUGCUCCGAGAAGUCCGUGACGAUGUCGGCAAGCAGAGGUACCACAUUGCGUGCAACAAGGUCUUUGAAUCUGCGCAUAAGCCGGAGCUGAAGAAGGUACAGGAUCAGAAACUGUGGCCGGCGAGCGAGCUGGACACUAUUCUGCACCCGAACACGUACUUCAAGAGGAGUUUCCUACUGAAGAAUUUGGGGAAGGUGCAGAGUGGCGACAUUGGGGUGGAUGGGCCGACGCAACAGAGUACAGAGUGA